AUUUAAAAAUAGUUAGAUUAUUAGGUUAUCUCAAUUUCGAUUCUGUUUAAUGUUUUUGAAGAGAGCGAAAUAAUAUUUUGCAGAUAUAGGAAAAAAUGAAGGGUUUUUUUUUUCGGGAAUUCGCUCGUAAAACAGAUCCGUAUAAUUGAAUUCCCGAUCCGUUACAGCCGCUGUAACAGAACGUUACAUUAGUAGUUAUCACCCAGCGCACACGUGGCGUCCAAGCUUGCCGUUUUGAAGGGGAGAGGGGAUGGCGGUUUAAAUGGGCGGUGGAAUCGAACGGCGGGCUCGUGGCCUAAGGUUUCCUAAUCCGUCUCUCCGCACCUCUUCGUCUCGCUUCGGCGAUCUUUAGGGUAGGGUUUGGAGUUCUUUUGGGUCUUCGGUGUCAUUGCUCUUCCGCGUCCGGCGGAAGCGCCGGCCAAUUCAACGAGCGCAAUUUGGUGAUUAAUGUUCGCUUCUUUUUAUCCUAUUUUGUUGAAUUUCUUUGUUAAUUGUAACUCCUUUCGCCGUCUACUCGCUUUUGAUCUUGAAUUCGAUGGAGUGCCUGACGAUUUGUUGUCGAUUUCAAUCGAUUAUUUGAUGGAAUCUUUGAUGUCUCAUCCGAUGAUCAUCCGGCCUAAUUUCUCCAAAGCCCCUGAAAAUCUCAUGGUAUGUGUUUUUCCUCUUUUGUUACGCCCGUCAUUUGAAGGGUAACGGAACACAGGAUUGGGCGCUGUAGCUGAUGUUUUAAGUAUUAGGGAUUUUGUGCCAGAAACUAAUGGAUUUUCUUCAAAUCGUGGUAAUGAUGCUUUAAGUAUUAGGGUUUUGUGCCAGAAACUGAUGGAUUUUCUUUAAAUCGUGAUACGAUCCUUGAAAUUAAUUCUUCUUCUGCUGGUAACGGGAUGGUAUGGCUUUACCGAUCUAUUGGUGUCUACUCUCUGGCAUUGUCAUGUUCUUCAUUAUGCAUGUUUUAUCGAGGAAUGAGGUUAGAUUUGAGAACAUUGAACCGAGUAAGGUUCUUCAUUUACUGGCAUGUAUUAUGCUGAUAAUGUGCUGGGAUAUUAGAGUUCUACAAGAAGAUCUUUGUUAAAGAAAAUAGUUUUUUUUUAUAAAGUGGAUGAUUUGCUGCAUGGUUGGGCAAUAUCAUCUGAAGUUACCAAUAAUCGCAUCAGAAAGUUGAUGUAAGUUCCUCUGUUAGUACAGUUCUGGUGGGCGUUUAAUAUUGAAUCUGAACUCAUAUUAGCAAUAGCCAAUAACCUCCUUGUAAUUUUUCAAAAAGAAGCCCCUUAUAGAAGUCUUUUCCCUUACACUUUUGGUUGUACAGAUUUGAAUUAGGGUGUGCAGUUCGGCUUGGAUGCCAACCAGCGAAAUACUAAGUUGGCAGGUCAGGUUUUACCAUGCCGAUAUGCUCAAUCUUGUGCCACCUUGGUAUGUGCUACAUAGCAUUGGUCAUUUUAUCACAUAUACCUGCUGAUCAGUUGAACAUUGUAUGAUUGUCGUACCUUAAAAUUGGUAGGCUGAAAAUGGAGUUAAAUAUGGGAAUGAUUGUGUAUUUAUCUGAACGAAAGAGUAUACUUCUUUGUAUGCAAAUCUCAUUUUAGAGGCUUCAAGGUUUACUUUUUUUUUUUUUUUUGCGUCAUGGCCUUAUAUAGUUUUGACACUUAAAAACCAUUCAAAACUUCAAUCAGAAUAUGGGAUGUUGUUGGUUAAUACUUUGAUUUUAGUAUCAGGAAUAUUACCAGUAAUCAUUCAUACAUUUUAUAAUAACCCAAGAUGGCUAGAAGAUUAAAGGAACUAAAAAACAAAACCUGUUAAAUAAAAAGCCAUAGUUUUUAGGUUUGUUUGUUUAGUUGAUGUUACAUGGCCUAUUGCACCCACACACAAGAAGUCAGAAAUAUAUAUGUGUUUCAAGUUGGUCACUUGUGUCAUUUUUAAUUAUACUAUCCCAAAAUCAGAUGACAUUAUCAGCAUAACAAAUUGAUCUUUUUGUAAUUCCAGUUAGGUCAAAAUUAUCCACUGAUGCAACACAACCGAAUGAUCUUGAAGGUCUUUGGCAACCGAAAAUUUCAAAUGCUUCUGCUUGAGCAUUUAACCAAUUAUUUACAAAUGCAGCAGAAGGAUGAUAAAUCUUACCAUGUUACCAUCUCUCCUGCUUCUGUUGAUUGUAAUAUUUUUAUCCUUGUCCUUCUUCAAAAGUUAAUGCUUCAGAUUCUCCCUCAAAUGAUGGUUGACCUGACACCAUCUUGACUAACUGUUUGACCAUCGAUCAGAAAAACGGUGUGGAGCCUGAAAAUAUUAGGUGUUUGUGUGGUCCAUGCCUGCAGUGGCUUCCACAGAAUGUGAUCUUAUGGUGCCAACAUCUGAAAGAACCGUUGGUUAAAACAUUGUAGUGCAAUCCUGCUAAAGGAGCUGGAAAAAAUGGCUUUAAGCAAAUCAAAUUGGAUAAGGAGUUUUUUAGGCUAAACAACUAAAAUGCGGAGCAGUCCAUGGAUGAUUUUCUUGUGGGUAUCAUGAAUAGGCCUUUCUCUUGAGCAGAGCAUCCCAGAUUGGUUAGCUUUUGACACUUGAUUCCCUUAUCACAUGCGUUGUGAUAUUUGAUGCCCGCAAGGUUACUGAUAGAAUGGUUUUUCUGGUCUGGGGGUUUCUGUGUUACAAUCAUGAAUUUGAUCUGCUAAUAGAACGUGUUGGUAGUGUUUAAUGGAGUUGAGGUGCACUGCUGGAGAGAAGGCUGAGUGGGAUUGCACAGUUCACUAUUUAGGUCAACAAUAGCAUAAAGUCCGUAAUAUUGUAUUUACAUCAAUGUUGAUACAGAAAAAAAUGAUGAGAUGGAGAUCUGACAUGCAGCAAAUUUGGACUUGCCAAGCAUUAAAUAGCAAAGAAGCAAAUGAACUUGAUGGUCUUGCAGGGCUUGGGAAGAAUCUUCAACAUGCCAACUUUGUGGUUCAUAUACAAAAGUUGUGGGCGCCCUCCUAUUCGGUCGUUCUCAGCCAUGUGGAAGAGAUGGAGGAGAUUAUUCAUCUUAUGAUGAUUCAGCCUUGUGGAAGAGAUGGAGGAGAUUAUUCGCCUCUUUUUGAUUCAGAUCGAUCAUUCCAAACAUCAGAGUCAAAAAUUACAGCAGCAACGAUUACUUACCAGUAAUCUCCCUCUUUCUCUCUCUCUAAGCAUCUACAAGUUACUGCAACAACAGAAACGAAGCUUCCGUGAUCUUUGAUGGAUCUCACAAAUCACGGUCUCCUCCUGCUGCUCCCCCUGAUCUCCUGCUGCUGAAGAGGAGGGCGAAGAAGCUGACGGUAGCACAGAUGCCGGCGACGAGGUUGCCCUCGCGGACGAGGAUCUUGAGGGCGAUGGCGGUGAUGUCGGCGGUGAUCCGCCGCCCCUCCAUGACCAGAGACCGCCGCGGCUUCCCCGCGAAGGCGAGCAGCACCAGCACGGUGAUCCACGUGACCAGCGUCGCCGGCACCGCCACCGCGAGCGCCGCCCCCAUCGCCAGUAGCCCGAAUACGCCUCCGUACAGCACCGACGCGUACAGCGCCGGCCACCCGGCGACGUAGGUCGGAGAAGUGGAGGAGGAGGAGGAGGAGUGAGAAGAGGCGGUGUUGUACCAGGAGCGGAUGGAAAGGAGGAGACUCCAGGAGCAGUAGAGGAGGAAGGUGUAGACGAGGAGGAAGAGGCAGACCCACGUCCGCCUCAUGCCCAUGGCUCUUACCAGGAGCGGUCUCUCCGGGCUCGCCAUCGAUUGCUCGUUGAGGAGGAAGAAGAUGGAGGAGGAGAAGGAGACGGAAAGGGGGCAAGAAGGGGGCUAGAAGUGGUGGUACAGAAGAGUUCGCUUUACUCUGCCUGCCUACCUACGUGGGCUGCCGGUCUUGGUUAGUAGUCAACAGCCUGGUCUAAGUUUUUAUGUUACUGUCCCGAAGGCAGGAGUUUGCCCGGGUUCACCAACAACAGUCUGUUCUUCAUUUUUAAAUUUAAAACAAUUUCAGGUAGGAAAUAGA